UGAGAUAAGAUUCUGUAAGUCUCGAGAGAAGACUCAUAUCUGAUAAGUGAUACGAACACAACGUUCUUGAAGCUAAUUAGAAAUGUCUGCAGUAAAUAAUGUUAAAAGUGGUAAGAAGAGAAUACAAAAAUAAAUUCGUCUUCACCAAUUUUACGUCACUAUGAACUAAAACUACGCUGACCCUGUGAAAGGAUGAUCUUUCCGUAAUUUUGUACGAUGGUCAACAGACCGUGACACAUGAUUACCAUGUCCAACACCUUUCGUAAAGGGACUCCAAGUGGCUUCAUGUUCUGCAAGUCGCACCUGCUGAUCUUGGUGCUAACAUGGCGGUCGGCCGUAUCGGCGGUGCAACUUGGACUGGACGAGGUACGCGACAUUUCAGUCUGUUCUGCCGAAGUGGAUACUUGUGAGGGGCGCAUCACUUCCUUGGACAUAUACGAGUACGCGGGCAGCCGCUGUUCCUGUGAUGCAGACUGUCAUCUGUUUGGAGAGUGUUGCGUGGACCGGGCAGUGCUUGCGGACACACCAAGCUCCUCCGCAGACAGCGGCAGCAGUACACAAGUCACCUUAACAGACGAGGAACACUCGCACGAUGUGCCUGGCAACACGUCCGAUGUAAGGGGCGAAAUUCAGGAAACGACAGAGGUGUAUGGAAUUCCGAGUGACAGAUGGGGGUGCCAGAACCUUGUGGUUACCACGACCACAUUUCUCCCGGUGAAGAGGGUUCGAAUGGUGGUGAGAUGCCCUGCUGAUGCCAGGCCUGAACUAUCUGACAAGUGCGCGGCUCUGAACAGAUCCAGCUCGGAUUUCCACUACACUAUGGACAUACCAAUGCUGAGUUCAGCGUCUGGAAUCUGGUACCAGAACGUAUACUGCGCCAUCUGCAAUGAGGAUGCAGACAAAUUAGUACGCCUUAUGUACUCCCUUGAAUGUGAUCGGAAUUACACAAAGGAAGAGACAUUGCAGAUACUGAGAGAAGGACAGUACUCCACUGAGCCACUUCAGUGGAUCUUAUGGGAGCCAGAGGAAAGUCGUUGUAGACUGAUGACGGAACUUCAACCUGGAAUAUCACCAGGGUUCUUACGCCCAUGCGGCAAAGUUGACAGCAAAAAUCAGAAUUUGCUGCUAAUUGAAGAUUGUCCUCCCGACUGGAUGGACCAUACUGUAGCCAAGAAAUGCAGAGCAUAUGCAUUUUAUAGCAAUAUGAGAUCAAAUGAUGCUGGCGUGAUAAUAGGGCCCAGUGAUAAUGACAAAAGUGCUGUCCUAUCAGCGGUGUUCAAGAAUCCUCACUGUGCCUUAUGUAAUGGAGUUCCACUGCAAAAUACAACGUGCUGGCUUAAAUCACGGCUACGUACUAUAAGCAAGGCAAGGGGUCACGUGCCAUCCUUUUCCAUCAUUAUGGAUUUUACGUUUUGGGAAGAUGAGAAUCAAGAACUCAGGUCAUGUGAACUGCCUGAUGGUUUUUGGGAUGUGCUACACAAAACAUGCAUUCAGGUGCAAAAUGAUGAUUUGGAUGCUAGAGCUAAUUCCAGCAGAAUGUUGAAUCUCACGUGUCCAGUCGUCACACUAACACACUCUGAAUUCCAAAUUCUCAGCAAUGGUUCCGUACAGUACACAGGCAGUAAUUUAGACUAUUUAGGGCAUGUUUUUGAUGACUUUGAAAUUACUGAAAACCAUAGUGCUAUUGUUUGUGCAUUGCAACAUGAUAAAGGAAACGAGGACCUAAUAUCGGGUGCAUAUCAGGGUUAUCUUACAGUGUUUUGUCUUUCUAUUUCUAUUAUCUGCCUUGUCCUACACAUUGCAACUUAUUGUGCACUUCCAAAGCUAUGCAACUUGCCAGGUAAGAACUUGCUUUCUCUGUCAUGGGCUCUUCUGUUCGCACAAUUGCUUUUCCUGGUCGGUAUCAAUCCCAUAUUUGAGGUUCCACUUGGGGUGUGCAUUGGCAUUGCAGUGGUAGAACAUUACUGCUUCCUAGCAGCAUUCUUCUGGAUGAAUGUCAUGAGUGUUGAUAUCUGGAGGACAUUCUCAAGGUCGACAUUAAGAGGGAAUGGAGGCAUGAAGACUCACUGCAAGUUUGCAGGAUAUGCCUGGGGAUCUUCAGCUUUUAUAGCAUUCGUGGCCAUGAGUGUGGACUUCUGUACGGAAGAUGGAGCUGUGAAGCCGUCUUUUGGGACAGGACAGGUUUGCUGGUUUGGUAACCGAGGAGGUCUGGGUCUGUUUCUUGCAAUGCCUCUGUUUGUUAUACUGAUGGUGAACUCAGGGCUGUUCGCUAACACCGUCUACAAGAUAUGGCAGGCACAACUUCAAGGCAAGAGGUAUAUCCGCGAUAGAACACGGGAUGAACUCAUACAAUCAUCUUGUAAUUCCACCAACAUGAAGGCAACUAUCCACAAAAGGAAAGAUGAUUCGGGUAUAACCAGUCGGAAAGACAAAAUCCGUUUCUACCUAUACUUAAAGUUGUUUACGAUCAUGGGCCUGACUUGGAUAUUUGGUUUCAUAGCAGCCUUUGCACAUGUUACAUUUCUGUGGUAUCCAUUCAUUGUCUUCAAUGGAUUACAAGGAACUUUCAUCUUUGUAAUGUUUGAUAUGAAACGCAACAUUGCUUGUAUGCUGUGGGAUAAGUAUGUCAGUCAGUAUGGAUACCAACCUCCACGUUUCCUUCUUGCUAGAUCCUCCAGUUCCACUACAAGAUCAACAGUAUCAAGCAAGAUCAAGUCCAGGGACUCGGCAUCAGGCAGUGACAAGACUCACUCUACAGCCACUACCAGAACCAUUAGCACUGCAUCAGAUCCACAUCUCACAUUGACGAUCACCUAAGAAACAAAUCAUCUUGAAAUCGGAUGACUUACGCAGUUCUUAUACGCAAACAACUAGAUUCAUAGCAUUGCAUGCACAUAAUGCAUUUUCAAAACUUAUUGUUUGUAGGAUGCUUUUUGUUUCUUGAGGUUGUUCUUUUAAAUGUUCGCAGAAUAAAAACUAAAAAUGUAAGUAA